AAUGCCUCAGCUUACAGAUUUGGUGAUUUUCUGUUUAGGUUCAUAUGAUGAUGCAAUUGUUGUUGUCAUCGGAGAACGAUGGAUUCCUUUGUCCUAUUCCACAGUACCCCUUGUAUUCUGCUUCAAUAACCCUCCAUGGAGGCACUCUUGUGCCUUAUUUUGAUGAAGCAACAGGCUGGGGACUGGAGAUGUCUGAGCUCAAAAAGCAACUGGAGGAUGCUAAGUCCAAGGGAAUUACUGUCAAGGCAUUGAUUGUUAUAAAUCCAAGCAACCCAACUGGGCAGGUUCUUUCUGAGGAUAACCAGCGGGACAUAGUGAAGUUCUGCAAGAACGAGGGCUUGGUUCUUCUGGCAUAUGAGUUUCAGCAUUGUCUUCCACCUGUUUAUUUAUAG